AUGAACACAACCUUCUUCAUCGGCCAGGUCGUUGGCGUGGUCUCCGUGUCCGCCGUCCUGCUCUUCGUCUUCGCCAAGCUGAUUUUCCGCCACGGCAGCAGCCAUGUGCAGGACGGCCGCGGCCACGGCGUGCUGAUCACAGGCUGCGACAGCGGCUUCGGGAACCAGCUGGCCCGAUGCUUGGACCACAGGGGCUUUGUGGUCUUUGCCGGGUGUUUGUCUCCGGAAGGAGCCGGUGCCCGGAGCCUGGCCAGACAGAGCUCCGGUAAUCUGAAAAUCCUCAAGAUGGACGUCACCAGCGAUGAAGAGGUGGAGCAGGCGAAGAAGAUGGUCCAGGAGCACCUGCCGGAGAAAGGCCUGUGGGCAGUCGUGAACAACGCUGGAAUCUCCGACUGGGCUGAGAUCGAGUGGAGCACCAUCAAAGAUUUCCGCAACAUGGUCGACAUCAACCUGUUCGGCUCCAUCAGGACCUCUGUGGCCUUCCUGCCUUUGGUUCGCGCCACCAAAGGUCGGAUGGUGUACAUGUCCAGUAUCUUCUCCUUCUUCAACUGCCUGAACAUGGGCGCGUACAGCGUGUCAAAGCGAGGGCUGGAGGCGUUUGCGGAUUGCCUGAGGGUUGAAAUGGCCAGUUUCGGCGUGAAGGUCAGCAUCAUCCAGCCGGGCAACUUUGGCCGAGCCACCAACAUCGUGAAGGUCAAAACCGGGUUCGACGUUUGGGAGAAACUGGACGACGAUCGAAAGCAAAUAUUCAACCGGCAGUACGUCGAGCUGGCCAGCGAGUACUUCCAGUCAUCGUGCAGGACGGGGUUCCAGAACGCCGACAUGGUCAUCCACGCCACGCUGCACGCAAUCACGGCCGCUCAGCCGAAGUACAGGUACCUGCUCGUCUCGGCGCUGGACAUGUUCUUCUUCCGGCUCUUCCCUUUUCUCCCCACCGCCCUCACCGACGCUGUGUUUUCUCUCAGCUCCAUGUACGGCAAAAGAAAAGAAAUGCUGUACGCCAAACAGGAGUUUAGUAAGAAGUGA